AUGGACGGACUAAUGAACAGGCUCUGCUGCGGAAUAUUCUCGCUCUCCGCCUGCAUCAAAGACAUCGAAGAAUUGAUAGAGAGAACUACACCGGAGAACUACCAUCACUGCAUAGUCUUUUUGCUCGUUCUGAAGGAGAAGGUCGUAGAACUUCCCCCCGCAGAGGAGGCAGACUCUCAGUUCAGGGCAGCUGUUGAGCGACUGAAAGCACACACUCGGAGGAUAUCCGCGGAGGAGUGGGCAGGAACUGUCGAAAGUGCAGGGUAUAUCGUGCACCGAGAGGAGGCAAAAGAGGAGGAUAAAUCUGCUCUCCUCGUGAAUUUAGUGAUAGAGACGCUGAUACGUGCUAGCACUGCAGAUAUAGAGAGAGCGAUCGAGAUGUACCUCGAAGAGAAGAUGACCGAUCCCAGGACGCAGCUCCAGAAGAGUACUUCCGUGGAAAUUGUGGAGGAGAUACUCUGCAAUCUCGCAAAGCUCCCAGAGCAGGAGAUAAAGACAGCCCUUCCAGCCGUAGUAAAACUUCUCACACAGGAGCACGUUCCAACUCUCCUGAAAUACGUUGGAGAAAUCCCAAAACUUCUUCUCCUCGCCCUGUACGUGCAUAAUAGGAGCGUAUACAGCGAAGUGCAGAAGGAAUUCCUUAAGAACGACUCCCCGAGCAGCCUCCUCGCACUCGAAGACUUCCCAGAGGUCGAUGUUGAGGAGAUCCUCCGAAGACUCUACAAGAACAGCGCAAUGUUUAGGCCGCUCGACAGGAUCAUAAAGACACGGCCCGUAUACAGGGAGAGAAUAGUCGAGGAGGUCGUGAAGUACAUCCCGAACGGAUCAAGGACAAAGACAGUGCAGUUUGUGAAGGAUAAUGUAGAGUGCUUUAUGGAGAAGAUACAGGAGAUGGGAUUGGGAUGCGAGGAGGUGCUUAUGCUCGCAGAGAGGAGGAAGGAGCUUCUGGAGUUUGCCUUUGAGAUGAUGCAGGAGCUGAAGAUGGAGCUGCGCGAUAGGAAGAAAAAGCCCCUGAACGCGCAGAAGAAGGAGAAGAGACUCGCGAAUUUGGUUUCUGCCCUCUCCUCAGAGCUCGCAGCAGGAACAGACGGGGAAAUAGGGCACUUUAUUCGGGCUGCCCACGGGAUAGACUCGGAGCUUCUUAGUAAAGUCUGCAUCGGACUCUUUCGAGUGAAACCUCCCGCAGAGGAGCUGAAGGAGACGCUUUCCUGCCUCGUGAAAAUGGGGCCUGAAAAAACAUCAGCAUCUUUUGUUUUUACGGUGCUCCCGUACCUUUCAGGUGCGCAAAAGUUCGAAUUGAUCGAGGAGUACCUGAAAGACGACGUUUCGAUGACGCUUUUCCUGCGCCUGCUGAAGCCGGAGGACGUGCUCAGACACGCACACACGCUGAGAAAGUCUGCAGGGAGGAGAGUCCUGGACUUGGCGUUUGGGAGGACGGAGGUUUUCACGGAUAGAAUCGUCUCCGUGACGAUAGAGGAGAUAUGCCGCAUGGAGAAACUUCCGGCCCUUUUUAUGCGGACCCUGAAAAAGGCUCUUCGCGCUUUUGUGAAUAUAAAGCCGUUUUUGGUCGAGGUCCUGCGGAGGGAGUGGCGGAGACUUUUCCAGGGGAGCAGGGCGGACCUGAUCAGGCUCCUCGAGAAGUUGGGCGCAGUCUCCGCGGAGAUUCUCCUGGAGGUGCCGGAGGAGGAGCUGCAGGAGGUGAUCUCCGCCUCGGAAACACUCCGGGAGAAGGUCCUGGAGUACGUCGCACAGCAGCCAAAGUA